ACCUCAUUGUCCUAAUCAAAUCUUGCCUUGGCUUCAUAUUUGUGCCGAUCAAUCAGUGUGACUGAUGAAGCUGGAAAAACCCACUUCCUGCCAUGUGAGCCAGCCAGAUUAGUUCAUUUCGUCAACUAAGAUUUGUUUUUCUUUAUCAGAUUUCAAUUAAAAAAAUUGUCGUCGGGUCUGGUCAUUACAGUGUAGAGAUAACAAGAAAGCUCCAAUUUUGACCUCAACGUUCAUCAAAUCCAUGAAAUUUAGAUCUUUCAGACGAUCCCCAUUUGAAAUCCGAGCCUGAACUUGGAGCUGCAAUGGAAAAGUCGUUGGCUUUGGUCUUGGUGGUGGUGGUGGAGUUGAUGGGUCGUGGUUGGGGCGUGGAAACGGGUCGGGAGGCUCCGUGGAGGAUCCACACGCUGUUCUCGGUGGAGUGCCAGAACUACUUCGACUGGCAGACAGUGGGCCUCAUGCAGAGCUUCAGGAAGGCCGGGCAACCCGGGCCCAUAACCCGACUCCUCAGCUGUACGGAGGACGAGAAGAAGAACUACAGAGGGAUGGGUUUGGCUCCCACUCUUGAGGUCCCUUCCAUGAGCAGACACCCCAGGACCGGUGACUGGUAUCCUGCGAUUAACAAACCUGCUGGAGUUGUACACUGGCUUAAACAUAGUAAAGAUGCAGAGAAUGUUGAUUGGGUCGUGAUUCUGGACGCAGACAUGAUCAUCCGAGGCCCAAUAAUACCCUGGGAACUUGGUGCUGAGAAAGGGAGACCUGUUGCAGCCCAUUAUGGGUACCUGAUUGGAUGUGAUAAUCUACUAGCUAAGUUGCACACAAAGCACCCAGAGCUCUGUGACAAAGUUGGCGGGCUUCUAGCCAUGCAUAUAGAUGAUCUUCGAGCAUUGGCUCCUAUGUGGCUUUCAAAAACAGAAGAAGUACGAGAAGAUAGAGCUCACUGGGCCACCAAUUUAACUGGUGACAUCUAUGGGAAAGGGUGGAUCAGUGAGAUGUAUGGAUACUCUUUUGGAGCAGCAGAAGUCGGACUUCGGCACAAGAUCAAUGAUAAUUUGAUGAUCUACCCAGGCUAUAUCCCACGAGAAGGAGUUGAGCCUAUUCUUCUUCACUAUGGCUUGCCAUUUAGAGUCGGAAAUUGGUCUUUUAGUAAACUAGAUCACCAUGAGGAUGAUAUAGUUUAUAACUGUGGCCAGCUCUUUCCUGAACCUCCAUAUCCUAGAGAGGUACUGCUGAUGGAAUCUGAUCCAAAUAAAAGGCGGGGCCUAUUUAUAAGUAUAGAAUGUAUUAACACUUUGAAUGAGGGUCUUUUAUUACAACAUAAAGCAAAUGGAUGCUCGAAACCAAGUUGGUCGAAAUACUUGAGCUUUUUAAAGAGCAAAAAGUUUGCUGAACUUACUCAACCAAAGUUUCCGACUCCUGCUACUUUACAAAUUGAGCAAGAGUCAAUAAAGGCUCAGCAGAAGGUCAUUGAUGAGCCUGGGAGGCCUUAUCCAAAAAUUCACACAAUUUUUUCCACAGAAUGUACUCCGUACUUUGAUUGGCAGACUGUAGGACUUGUCCACAGCUUCCACUUGAGUGGCCAGCCUGGAAAUAUCACGCGACUUCUCAGCUGCACUGAUGAAGACUUGAGGCAGUAUACUGGCCAUGAUCUAGUUCCCACCCAUUAUGUUCCUUCCAUGAGCCGACAUCCAUUAACAGGCGAUUGGUAUCCAGCAAUCAAUAAACCAGCUGCGGUCCUUCACUGGCUUAAUCAUGCAAAUAUUGAUGCCGAGUUCAUAGUAAUUCUUGAUGCUGAUAUGAUCUUGAGAGGCCCAAUUACUCCGUGGGAGUUCAACGCAGAACGUGGGCGGCCAGUUUCAACCCCCUACGACUACCUUAUUGGCUGUGACAAUGAGCUCGCAAAACUCCAUACUCGCCAUCCUGAGGCAUGCGACAAGGUUGGAGGUGUAAUCAUCAUGCAUAUAGAUGAUCUCAGAAAUUUUGCUAUGCUAUGGCUGCAUAAAACUGAGGAGGUCCGUGCUGACAAAGCUCAUUAUGCGACAAAUAUCACAGGAGAUAUAUAUGAAUCUGGAUGGAUUAGUGAGAUGUAUGGUUAUUCAUUUGGUGCAGCAGAGUUGCAAUUAAGGCAUCUCAUUAACAAGGAGAUAUUGAUAUACCCAGGAUAUGUUCCUGAAACUGGUGUCAGAUAUCGAGUUUUCCACUACGGAUUGGAGUUCCGUGUUGGGAAUUGGAGCUUCGACAAGGCAAAUUAUAGAAAUGUUGACAUGAUUAAUAGAUGCUGGGCAAAGAUUCCAGACCCGCCUGAUCCUUCGACACUUGAUAGGACCGAUGAGAACUCACUACAACGUGACCUGCUUAGCAUAGAAUGUGCAAAGACACUGAAUGAGGCACUACGCCUUCAUCAUGAGAGAAAGAACUGCACUGAUCCCAGUACCCUAUCCACUAACACAGCAAAGGAAGUUGCAAUAUCGAGGAAGUUUGGCAGCUUUGAUGAAAGUCAUGACCAUGCUUUAAGAAGCAACCACGUGCCAAAUAAUAAUUCUCACGGAUUGCCGAAACCAGCCGUGAUAGACAGGAUGUUUAGUUCUUUCAGGUUCUGGGUUGUUGCUUUAUGGGUAUUUGCUGGCUUGGGUUUCUUUGCAACCGUGUUUGUGGUGUUUUCUGAUCGUAAAAGAAAAGGGGCAAGAGGUAAAACUUACAGAAACAAGAGAAGAUCUUCGCAUUCAGGAUACUUUGAUACGAAGACGUGACAGACAAAUUUUGCAGUGCUGACACAUCCUUAUAUCAUUCUUUUCUUAUUUCUUAAGAACGACAUCAGUAGAAAGAAAAAACUGCAUCAGAACAUUGAAGACAAAGUGUGAUGAGAAAUACUGCAAUGGAGCGCAUACUAUAUUGAAUCAGCUAGGCCAAACCAUUCUAGCAUUCAGCUUCCUGUUUACUGUUUCAAGACAUCUUGCUUACUAUUUCAAAACGUGAACAUUUUUACAGAAGCCAAUACAAUUAAGAUGGACAUUGGAAAUAGGACAUCAUGUGUGUAGUCGGAUCUGUAUACCUAGUGAUUCUUUGUCUGUAUCAAAUUGUACACUUGCUUACUGUCUGGUUAUUGGUUAAUGUGGUUGUUUUCUCGUA